CCAUCAUCACACAAAAAGGAAUAAGGAGUAUUUGGUGACACACAAUCUGCGCCUUUGGGGAAAAGGCUCCAAAAGCUAAACUCCUCCACCAUGGGGAGAUCAGAGAGAGGUUGGAUUGUUCCUUUAGUCCUGUUAGGAUUGUUCCAGGCGAGCAAUGGGGAUCCAGAUAAACAGAUUUGUUCUCCAUCGCCGGGCUCCAUGCACGACUAUGGAGCUAGAACUCUGAAUGGUUCAGAGCACAUCAAUUUAAGCCAGUAUGCUGGAAAGACCGUCCUCGUUCUAAACGUUGCCACCUACUGAGGACUAACCUUCCAGUAUCUGGAACUGAAUGCACUGCACGAGGAGUUGAAAGGUCGCAAAUUUACCAUUCUCGGGUUUCCAUGCAACCAGUUUGGUUUACAGGAGCCUGCAUCUAACCAUGAAAUUCUUCCGCUUCUAAAGUAUGUUCGCCCCGGCAACAACUUUGCCCCCAAUUUCCAGUUGUUUGAGAAGAGUGAUGUGAAUGGCCUGAAGGAAGCGCCCCUCUUCACUUUCCUCAAGAACGCUUGUCCCCCCGUCGGCGAGAGUUUUGGGAACCCCACCAACAGGCUCUUCUGGGAGCCCCUCAAGUCAAACGACAUCAAGUGGAACUUCGAGAAGUUCCUGGUCGGGGCCGAUGGCCGGCCCGUGAUGCGGUGGUUCCCCAGGGUCAACGUCUCGGACGUCCGAGCCGACAUCUUGAAAUACCUCGCUCUCGAAGAACAGCAGCAGCACUACCAGACCACAAAACGUAGAUAUUAAAAGAAAAAAACACCCAAGUCGCUAACUGAUUUCAGGACCUUUUCAGCGAUGUAGAAUAUGCUCCAGACCUGUUUUGUUGUUGUACUUGUGUUUCCUAUAGGCACCUGUAGUAGGCUGUGGCUGGUGGCGGAGGCGUGGGGAGAGGGACCUGUUGGUGACGGUGGGGCCUGAAAACAGUAACCCUGUGGGGCCUCCACCUGAAGGCUGCAGGGGCCCUUGGAUGGUUCUUCUCAGUGCAUUCAGGCCAUCCUGGGCAACCCUGAGGCGUCAGGCCUUCUUCCCUACAGCACCCACUACCUUGCGGCCUACUCAUGCCUUUGUGUGCUUUCAGUAAAAAAAAACUGUAACUGAGCAAAACAACCACUUGUGUCAUGGUGCUUGAUUGAUUGUAUCUUUUU